CGCGUGUAUUGGGUUUGAAGGAGACUCGAGAUUGUAGGUCUCUUCAGAGUAAAUAAAUUCAAGAAUUACCAAUUGUCAUUGAUACUAAGCGAAGAUAUAAUCCAGAAGACAUGAAGGCGAAGUUGUGACGUGCGUAAAUGUAGAGAACAGUAGACGAGUCCCAAGGUGCUUCAGCUCAGAUCACGCUCCGUAUCUCUUCUAUCACGAACAACAACAGCAACAUGGCAUCCACAUCUUCUCGCCGCCCAACCCGGCUCCUUGUCGGCAGUCUCGCUGCUUGGUUCGGAGCAAGGACUAUCGCAUCAUCUUCGAAGUCAUCCAAACCCACAACCCAGUCGUCUGCGGACGAAGUUCUGCUCAACUCCGUCGGGGAAGUGGAAGAAGAUCUUGUCUCGUCCACCACUAGUCAACGCGCGUUAGAAGAAGGAAGCUCUACUUCAGCAUCAGCAAGUGGAGUCGCAACAUCGUCCAAGAGCUCCAGUAGUAGAAAUGCGAAGCAGAAGCAACUCCGGCGACACGUCGCUGCGGAUACCCAUACCUCACCAACUGCUGAUGACGUCAAAAUACCAGCACCAUCACAGGCUGCAAGUGCCUCUGCCUCGUCGAAAAAGGAAUUUCUGGACCACCUGGGCGCGCUGUCGACCUCUUAUCUCGAGAAACAUGCGAGCAGAUCGAAAAAGAAACAAAAGGCCGCACGGCUUGCUUCUUCCACGUCCUCGGCACGACGCAUUAGUAGGAGAGAAACGCCCACCACAGCACCCUCCAGGACGGCGCACGCUGCUCACGACAGCAGAAAUACUUCAAAAAUCCUAAUUUACGCGCGGCCUCAUAAUUGUGCUUUUUUGACACGACUUUUGUAACAAAGCGAGAGGAGCAACGCCGAGAAACUGGAGCAGCUCGACAAGGGAGGAAGGGCAACGCAGAAAAGCGCCCAAAAUUUUUCUUUUUGGUUCCAAGGCUCCACAGUGCUUGGCUUUAGCUAAAAAACUGCCGGGCCUAGCAAUCCAAAGUAAGUACUUGGCUUUGCCUCAAAUACCUGUGGUAUGCUGGAUUCUAAUUGUAAUUUCAGGAUUUGGAGGUCUGAAAUUAGAAUCCAGCGUGCCGUCGGUGUUUGAGGCAAAAAACGAUGGCACUACAACGCGGAAGGGGGGAUCCGGCGAGUUCGUGUAAGUCGAAAAUGGACUUACACGAACUCGCCAGUCGGGCGCCCGACUGGCGAGUUCGUGUAAGUCGAUUUCGACUUACACGCGAUUUCGACCUUCCUCGUGUCAGUGACACGCGACCAUCCUAAAAGAAAAUCCAUCUCCGGAGUUCGUGUCAGUGGAAAUCGACUUACACGAACUCGGCAGAUCCCCCCUUCUGAAUUGUAGUGCCGUCGUGUUUAACGUCGAAAACCGACGGUACGCUGGAUCGCCAAAAACCCUCACCCGCAACACAAAUCCUCAAACAUUUCUGGGACCCAGAGAGCCCUCUGCUACGCCCCUGUUUCUCCAGGUGGUCAUAGAAAAAUUUUUGCGCGCUGCGCGCGCGUAAAUGCCCCCUACGCCAUGUGCAGCCACGAGUCAAAAGAAAAAACUCGCUCACGCGCCGCGCGCGAACCACUUCAAACCACACCAGACUUCGUCCCGCAAGAAGUACGUCUGUCAGCGUCAAAAAAGUAAGAGAUUAAGAGGCCGCGCUUAAAUUUGGCCAGUCGAAGUACCCACGAACGAGCACGAGUGUUUGACGCGGCGAGAAAUAUUAAAUCCAACCACCAGAACUCUCCCUCUACCCCCACUUCCAAAAUCAAUCGGCUUCAAGACUUUCUCAACAGCGUCGGGACCACUGCGUCGAGGCUGAUUCCAACCUGGAUUUCGGACAAAUUCGAAUUCAAAAAGGACCACCGGUACAAAACCAUGCGGGAUUUGUACCAGCACCACAAAUGGGACAAGGAAAAACCGUUCAGAAACAAGAGCAACCGACGCCAGCAACUUCUGGAACAACAGAUCACCAUCACAAGAAAUGUGACGGGCGCCGAAGCGGGGCCACUGACGGUCGACCAGGAGUGCGACACGGAGGCGGCGAAGGAUUCCGACUCGGCGGAUUGCAAGGAUUCCUGCCUCGCGUUCUACGCUAACUGCUGGGAUCCGCCACUGCAGCCGAGUGACACGGCGCCGUACCAGUUUAGCAGUGACGACACGGAAGACAAAGGGGACGGUUCGUCGCGCGUCAUCUGCGACGACGCUUGUCAGGCGGCCGAGGAGAAGUUUGGCAAAGAUUGCCCAUCGUCCUUCAUAGGGAUAUGCAUUGCAAAUAUGUCUGGGUCUGGAAGGAUGCAACUUGUCACGCUGGAUUUGGUUUCUACAAUAAAUCUGUAUUGCAUGAACAGCAAGAGAGGUCCGGUUUUUGCCACGGCAAGAGGGCAUUUCUCAUGCAGUAUAGGCAUCAGGAAGCCCUCCUAAAAUCUGUGAUGCUAGGGCAUGCAUCACAGUAGACAUCAGGAAUCAUGCAAAAUGUGCAUGACAAACCUUCCAGACCCAGACACAUUUGCAUUUGAUGAGGGAUGACGAUGGACGAUUCGGAGGAGGAGGAGGAAGGCGGUGAGGACGACGGCAAGGACUUCUGCGACGCGUUGGACGAUUUGGGGAACGCACUGAUGACGUGGUAUAUGCAAAAAUGCAAAUUUAGUUACAACCCCCGUACACUGAGACACUGACGAACGCGAAGUGGUGACUUCUGACUUGUUUUACAAAUUCACUUCCCAUCGCCCUGCAGUACUUACAUUCCGACUUUUCAACAGGCUGAAUGAGAUCGAGGAAGUACAGGUUUGUCAUGCAAUUAGGACAGCAAGUAUUGAAUACUUGCAUUCCAUUUGUACAAAUGGAAUGCUGUAUUCCAUUUGUACUUCAUCGCGAUGUAGUGCAUCAUGUACGGGAAAACGAAAUUUGUUGUGCAUAUACUACCUCAUGAUGGUGACUAUGAUUUUCCUCGCGAUCUGCAUUCCGGCUACCUGCAUUGUCGUGUGCUGCUGUGGAGGCUGUGCGGUCUUCCUGUAUUGAGAUAAUUUUCUGCCUAUUUGAGUACGUACAUUGUGUUGAGGACAAUUUUUCUUUCAGGAUGGUGCGCGUAGCUGUGUAGUCUCUCUUACUUUAUUUGUCGGAAGAUGGUGCACGUGUUCUUACGCUUGCACAUCAAAAUCAACAUGAUGACUGACAGGAGAUGAAAACGAUGUCUCGCAUGAAGAAACUUUAACGUUGGAUGAGCUCACUGCACACUAUCAGGGGUAAGAUGACCGGAAAGGGAGCGGCUGCGGGUGCGAAUGCAGGCGAAGCGCAGGCGGCGGGAGGCUAUGGUGACGGUGGCGAUGGUGGCGGUGGCGAUGGUGGCGAUGGUGGCGGUGGCGAUGGUGGCGAUGGUGGCGAUGGUGGCGAUGGUGGCGGUGGCUAUGGCUACUAGUGGCACUUGUCUCUCAUGUUCCAACGCGAGUCAACACCUCGACAUCACGGCACCUUGUACGAUUAGAAGUUUCAAAAACAAACAGAAAAAUGUAAUAAUGAACCUGUAGCAAAUUAUCACGUUCUGUAUUUCCUACCGAGACCAAAGCAAAUCAUACCUACCACCCCAAGGUGCAAUCCAGAAAAGUCCG